AUGGUAGAUUGUGUAACAAUUGGAGAUAUGGUGGUUGUAAUUGAAUUUGAAAAUGUACUAGAUAUUGUUGAUGGUAAAGUUAAUGUUGAUAAAAUAGAUGAUGAAGUUAAGGUUGUUAAAGUAGAUGUUGAAGUUAAGGUUGUUAAAGUAGAUGUUGAAGUUAAGGUUGUUAAAGUAGAUGGAGUUGUUUUUAAUGUAGAACUUUCUGUAGUUUUUGAUGUAGCUACAUUAUAA